AUGAGAAAUAGCAAAAGUUUUAGAGCUGAAGACAGGAUAAUUCAAUUCUUUAUAAGAUUAAAUGAAGAAUUUCAUGGAGUUGUGUCACAAGUGUUGCUUAUGGAUCCACUACCACAAAUCAACAAAGUGUUAUCUAUGGUGAUGCAGCAAGAGAGGAAGAUAAGUGGAACUUUAUUCACAAGUAACAUUGUUGUUGAAGAGGGAGAAAGUAUGAUAAAUGUUGUUGAUGGAACAAAACAAUCAUUUGGUAGAGGAAGAGGAAAUGGUCAUUCCUAUGCAGGUAGAGGAAGAGGAAAUUUGAAAGUUUGUACCUAUUGUGGUAAAACUGGGCACAUAAUUGAUAAUUGUUACAAGAAGCAUGGAUAUCCUCCAAGCUUUGGAAGAGGGAAUUCAUAUGCUAAUCAAGUGGAGGUAGAUGAAUCUGAAAAAUGUGUUGCAACAUCAACAAGUGAUAGUGCAAGUGGAAACAUGUCUCUUACUAGAGAGCAAUAUCAUAAUUUAAUGAUGAUACUUGAGAAGAAUACAAGCUCCAUCAACCUUACUAAGGGAGUGUUUGAGGUUAACUUGAUAUCACUUUCAAAGUUGUGUAGAGAGCAAGAUUGCAAUCUAGUGUUUGAAACUAACAAGUGUAUUAUACAGGCAAAAAAGGGGUUGAAGAAGAUUGGUUUGGCUAAAGAAAUUGAUGGCUUAUAUUACUUGGAAGAUGUUGCACUGAAAGAUAAUAGUAAUAUAGGUUUUGUUUCAAGUGUCUUUCUGAAUAAGCAAACUGAUAAUGUUGUAGCCCCACCCAUCUUAUGGAAUCUUAGAUUAGGCCAUCUAUCUUAUGAUAGAAUGAAAUGUAUGAGCAAGACGUAUAGCUAUAUACCUAGUAGUGUACAUAAGGCAUGUGAUGUAUGCCAACAAGGUAGACAAAAAUGUUUGCCUUUUUCCACAAGCAAUAAUAAUGCACACCAGGUGUUUGUAUUGUUCAUAUAG